AUGUUUCCAUUCCACGACAUAAAGACGCCUCAAAGACCAAACCGCAGAAACAACACGACACUGACGCCACCUGAGAUAAAAUCAGCUGCAUUCCAAGCGGUUGUGUCAGAUGCGGUCACUGCAGCACUAGCGCAGAUUCACAACGGAAACAACGGUGCAAGUAACGGGCAAGGAGCCAGAAGCACAAAUCAGGGAACAAACCAAGGAUCCACAAGAACCUGUACCUACAAAGACUUCACAAACACAAAGCCUCGAACCUUCAACAGGACGGGAGGCAUAAUAACCCUGAAAAGAUGGACAGAAAAGGUGGAAUCAAUGUUUGAGAUCUGCGGAUGUCCUGAGGAGUGCAAGGUCAAGUUGGCGGCAUGCACAUUCAUCAAUCAAGCUCUCUCUUGGUGGAAUGGUCACGUAGAGGCCAUGACACUCCCAUUGGCGAACGCUAUGCUAUGGGAGGAGCUUAAGGAAAUUUUGUUGGUCGAGUACUGUCCAAGGGUAGAAAUUAAGAAAAUGCAACAAGAGUUGUGGAACCUCACAGUUCAAAACUCUGACAUCGAUGCUUACGUAUCAAGGUUUAGUGAGCUGUCUCUCUUGUGUCCAGGAAUGAUCACAUCUGAAGGGAAGAAGAUUGAAAGUGCAAAGAGACUAGCCAAGAAACUAUACGACCAUGGCAACAAAAAGGGUGCCAAAGCAGGGGAGGCGGAAGUUAAAAAGGAAGGUGAUAAAAAGAAGAGUUUGAGCAACCAGCAAAAGGGGAGACAAAACACAGAAUCAUCAAAGUAG